CAACAUCAAACACGUUUUGAUGAACGAUGUAAUAACAGGUGAGAGAUUACGCUCUAGAACGAUUAUACUGUUGUGACGUCACACAUAGUAAAAUACCAUUUCGAUUUAUGACAAAUUUGUGUUCUGUUGAAGGGAACAUUUCAGUCAUGUCAAACUGCUUAGGUGAAAUCAUGUCAAACUGCUUUCGUUUUGCUUAGCUGAACGAUAUUCAUAGACAAAUGGGGACACAGGAGCCCCCCUCCAUGGAUCUUCCCUCCUACAACAGCCAUAAUGAAAGGGGCAAGUCAACCACUGAGAAGUUCCUUCCCAGAGCAGAGGUGGUCAGGUCCAAACUCAUCCAGAGCUUCUAUCUGCUGGACCAGUUACAGGAGGAGCAGAGAGGAAGCCCCAAAUACUGCACCAAUGAUGUUUUAGACGAGGAGAACUACACCAGUCUGAUGGGGAAGGACACACACCAGCUGGUGCGCUUCGAGAUCUCCCCCCAGAGGGACAGCACCAUCACCAUGGACCGCCGUCGCCAGGGACGACUGGAGAACCUCCAUGCCAACUAUCCGCCCUUGAACAUGUUUGCCCACUGGAUUCUAGAGAGUAAAAUAUUUAUGAAUAUCAUUGUCAUCCUCAUCAUUCUGAACACCAUUGUAUUGGAGAUACAAGCAGAGGUGUUUGACAACAUGGACCCCAAUCUGGAGAUUGUGAAAUUGGUUCUGGAAAUGUUGGACUGGAGCAUCCUGGCCAUCUUCUUCCUGGAGAUCGUAUUGAAGUGGUUGGACAACUUCUGGAACUUCUGGAAAAGCACCUGGAAUAUCUUUGAUUUUGCUGUUACCAUGCUGUCUGUUAUACCAGAGAUCGUGAAGGUCUUCAAAGGGGUGGACACUGACGACUUGGAGAUUGUGGCACUCCUAAAGAAGUUCCGUAUCCUCCGCUCCCUGAAAAUUAUCUCUAAAUUCAGGCAGAUCCGCCUUAUCGUGUUGGCCAUCUCCAAAGCUUUCAAGGCUAUGACCUUCAUCUUCUUACUGCUGCUGGUGUUUGCUUAUAUCUUCGCUGUGGUUGGAGUCAUCCUGUUCGAGAGUUACACUCGCUCCAACGUCGAGGGCCUGGUCUACAAUAUGAACUUUAAAGAUAUCUACAACUCCUUCAUCACCCUCUUCAUCCUCUUCACCAUGGAUCACUGGUACGCUCUGCUCGCCGACACCCGCAAAGUUCCAGAACUGGACAAAGCCAUAUGUGGCCUAUACAUCAUCCUCUGGCUCCUCAUAGGCUCCUUCGUAUUCCGCAAUAUCUUUGUGGGUAUUAUGGUGAAUAACUUCCAGGCCAUCCGGAGUGACCUCUCUAAAGAGGUACAGCAGAUUGAGAUCCAGGCCAAAGCUGAUCUCUUUAAAGCUGAGAUCAUAAACAGGAGGAUAAGUAAUUUGAAAUUUGCCAGGCUGAGCAAAGUGGCAGAGGGUGAUGAAGAGUCAUUUUCCACUGAGGAUCUACUAAAGUUUACAAGAUGUAAUAUUCCAGAAAAAGACUGGGAGUCGUACGUGGAGGAGAACAUGAAGGUGAUGCAGGAGCAGGAGGAGAACGAGAAGGUCACCUGGCCCCGGGAUUCCCUUUUCAGGUACUUUGAGCUGCUGGAGAUGCUCCAGCACAACCUGGACGAGAGGAAGAGGCUGCAGAACUUAGCAGUUCAGGCUUUGCUAAACCUGCACGACUCAUAGGACCCCACAUCGACAUCUAUUCAGAAGAAGAAGAGCCACCAUAUUUUGAAGAAAAUGAAACAUGUUUUUUCUCUUCCCAGUAUUGUCAGUGUCCAUGUUCAAUUAGUCAUCUAGUUUACCCUGAUGUGGAGGGCAGAGAGAGCCAACGAUAGCCUGGUUAAACCAUACUGAAUGCUGCGCUCACCGUUGUUUUACUUCACCUCAGUUUGGAUGCCAGGCUAAGGCAAUGAGGUCAAAUAUAUUUAUUCCUAGUAGUAGUCAACUUGAAUGGUCUCACAGUUCCACCCAAUAUGUAAUAGGGGGUACUCUUACACAGUGUCACUGAGCCCCCUGGGAGGUCAUGCACCGUGUCCACCACAGUUCCCCUUAAGAUUAUUCCCUGCCAUCUUAGACUGACAUGUGACAUCUUAGACACAUCAAGGUUACAUUGGUACUGUCCUAUGCAAUAGCUGGUGGACAAUAACAAUUGUUGUUUUUUUAAAAAGAAGGCUACAUUAAGUUCUCAGCGCAGAGGUUAAUCUCAAAGUAGUUAAGAAAUGGCUGCCAGACCUUAGAAAACUUUUGAGAGGAGCCACGGGUGGAAUAUUUUACCUUCACAAGUUUGAGAUGUGCCAUAACAUCCCUAACUCAGUGAGCAUGCGAUGGCGGGGUAUCGCGCGGGCCAGAAGGGACGAGAAGGCUAUGGCCUCUGCUUGGGUAAUGCAGAAAGUAAUGUCUUCGGGGGCGCCCCAAUAAUAGGGACAAAAGGGAGUUGGGGCAAUUUUUUUAUUGCAUAUAUAUGAGAAAGUCUCAAAGAUAGAGCACCAGAAUGGACCUAGUGUCGGGCAUGACCAGUACAUGUGAUACAGAGUGGUGGUUGGCUGAUGGCAUCUAGAGCAGGUUGGGUCUAUUUCUGUUUACAAUCUGGUAGGUCUACUCCUGCAAACGUGUAGGCGAUGAAAUACUUUAUAACUGUAGUAACUCAUGUCUAAUGCAGAUAGAGGAUGAGUGUAUCCUGUCAAUUGCAGAAUGCCAGGUGAUUUCGGAGAUCUCGAUUCCAAACCCUUCCUCCCAUGAACGAUUUACAUGGUCUGGCAGCCAUUUCUCGACUACUUUGAGAGUAACCUCUGCUCUGAGAACUUAAUGUA